AUGCCCAUGCCUCCCGACGUCCACGCCAAGGUCGCCCGUCUGCACGCCGACCUGACCCGCCACUCGCUAGCGUGGCCGUUCCUCGAGCCCGUGGACCCCGUCGCCCUCAACGUACCGACGUACUACGACGUCAUCUCGCAGCCCAUGGACCUCGCGACCAUGGGCCACAAGCUCCAGACCAACGACUACAACGACCCGCUCGAGUACCGCGCGCACCUCGUGCUCAUGUUUGAGAACGCCAUCGAGUUCAACCAGAGCGACGAGCGCGAGAACUCGGUGGCUGCCGUCGCCCAUGCGUUCCAGAGCGUGGCGCUGGACGAGUGGGCGUCCCUCUUCUCCGAGACGGCGACGACGGACUGGGCGCUCACGGCUGAGAAACAGGCGCAAUGGCGCUUGAUGGAGAAGGCGAAGGAGAGCCGCGUGGUGCGGCGGUGGAAGCGGGACGCGUUCGUGAUGAGGCUCAACCGGGACAAGCUCGAUGCACGGCGGCGGUCGGAUGAAGCGAAUGAGGGCGAGUAA